GUUCAUUUCUUUACUGGCACGAUUUCGGUUUUGCAGAAAUGUCAUCUCCAGAAAACGUUUGACGUCUCAUCGACAAUUUUAGUUGGUUCAUCCGGACCUUGGUUUACUAUACACUACUACUGAGCUUAUUCGGUAUGGUAUGCUUAGCCUUUUUAAGUAUUUAGUACUUGAAAUUUUGCUAAGUAUUUAUGUAAAUAUUUACAUUUUGCUUAAACAUUGUUUAGGCUGAAUGUCACUACCUUUUUAGUGUAGAAUGUUACUGUAUAGGUUAGGCAUUUCAUGUUCUAUUUCCGUUUAUGUACAGUAAAAAUAAUCAUUGGAGUGUAAUUUGUCUGGAGACGGUGGAAGCACACAAAGUAUUUAUCAUAAAGUUCAAAUGGUCUUUCCUUUUCUCGGAAAUAUUUUUGUAUUUCAGUGCUCGUGUUGAAGUUCAUUAGAUUCUUUGCAUAUUUGGCACAUGUUGACUGGGGCUCUGUGCGUCUUUCUUUUUGACGGAUCUGACUAUCCAUCUACUGCCUAAUUGGAUUUUUCAGAUACAAUCAGUGUUACUUUUGCGUUUCUUUUCUUUCAUGUUUCUAACAAAUACACUUGCCUAUGGUAAUUAAUUAAAUCUGUUUGGGAUUUGGUAAAUAUAUUUAUACAACUAUUAAUCCUAUUCUCAUGAUUGCUCAAAACUAUUUACAAAAUGUUCUUACGCAAAAAGCUUUAUUUUUAUUGGUUCUUUCGGUAAAUCUUAUACUCUGCCUUUUAAAAAUCAAUGACUAUAUUCAUAUAAAUGCGUGGUUUAUGUUUAUGCCACUUUGGUUAUGGAAUAUUCUAGUGUUUGCGGGUUCGCUCAUUUUAUUCCUACUUAAAUCUCUCAAUUUAACCAAAUUCUGUUUAUUCUAUUAUGUUUAUCAAGUUUUAAUACUCACAUUUCAAAUAUUUCUAUGUAUUAAACUAGAAACAAAUGCAUUAAAUUGGUGUGUAGUCUUUAUACCAAUCUAUUGUUUAUGCGUUUUAGGAUUUUUGACAUUCACAAAAGCGUUUUACGAGUUAACUGUUUAUGAUUGUGAAAAAUUCCUUGCAUUAAAUCUUCCAUGUGUCAUUCUAAUUGCCUUACGUUUAGAUAAUUAUAUUAAUUGGACAUGGGUUGUAGUGUUAAUACCAUUCUGGAUUAUAAUGGGAUUUUUGAUUGUAUUGCUGUUAUUCUUAGUUUGUAUGUUAUGUGGAUUGAGUCGUUUUACUCAGAAAGAUCUUUAUGAUGUUGUUUCAAUGAUUGGAUUCACAUCAAUUGCAUUUACUUUUCUUAUAUUCGUUGUUCUUCUGGUCUGCCAAUUAGAUAACAUUAAACUGUUCACAUAUAAUGAAAUAUUCUUACCAUUAUUUAUUUGUAUUUUGUUUUUGUUGAUUAUGACGAUUUCCACAAAUUGGUUAGUCAGUAAAUUUUGUAGAAAUAUCAAUGGUUCCGAUGGAGGAAAUUGUUUAGUGGAAUAUACCUCUGGAUCUCGGUUAUCAGCAAAUACUUCGUUGGACCCUAUUCAAGGAGGAAAUACAAAUGUUGCUAAUAUAACUGUUUCACGUGACAAAUAUUCAGAAGUUCAUCAAAAUCUUACAAAGAGCACUGCUUCUGAACCACUUGAAAACAGUAUCGAAACAGUUAUCUCACCCAAUACAGAUGCUCCUUGCAGUAAUUUACUAAUCAAAGAAAAACAUUUUAUUCAUUCAAAUAAACUAAACCAACCUAUGAUUAAAGAGAACUCUUUAUCACUUCCGGAUUAAGGUACCUAAAUCUAUUGACGAUCGCGUAUUGAUUUUACAAAUAAUAUUCUUACAUUUGUAAUCUCAAAUAUUGCUUAUUUCUUAACUGCAAUUGUAGAGGACAAUGUUAUUUCACUUUAAUUCGUAAAACACGUUUUAACUUUUUAUUAUUUUUCUUCGUAAAAGACAUUUAUUACAAUGAAUCUGCUUAAUUUGUGUUCAGAUUAAUAGAUUUUGAGCGAUUUUUUUAAAUCGUUAUUCAUGUCUGUGAAAUAAGUGAUCAAUUCUGCUUUUUAUAAUGUUCAUUUGUAACUAACUGAUACAACAUUGAAAUAAAUCCCGAGAAAAUGUUUUAAAAAAUCAA